CCCGGGGAGUGUUUGCCAGCAAGAGGCCCAAGUCUCUGGGGUAUCUGUAGGAGCGUUAACCCCUUCUUCACAACAAUGUCCAACAACAUGGCCAAGAUCGCUGAGGCCCGAAAGACGGUGGAGCAGCUAAAGCUGGAAGUCAACAUCGAACGCAUGAAGGUGUCCAAAGCCGCGGCCGAGCUGCUGGCCUUCUGCGAGGCGCAUGUGAAGGAGGACCCACUGGUGACCCCGGUGCCCGCGGCCGAGAAUCCCUUCCGCGAGAAACGACUUUUCUGCGUCCUGCUCUGA